AUGAAUCCAAACGGAACAAACGCUCAACCACCAGAGAAUAAUCUUAACAUUAAUCGCAUUCAGCUGCGGUACAGUAGAAUAAAAGCUGGAACAUCGCAGCCACUCAAACAGCAUUACAACAAACCUCCUCGCCACUCGAGCACCACAUCAACUCCAUCUUUCAAUACAAACAAAUCAACACGAACCAAAGGCCAAACCAAACCAAAAUCCACAAUGCAAGGGACAGAGCCUCUGGUUCGUGGUUCCACUCAGCCACAUUCACAGACACAUUAA